UCCACUUUCCAGGAACUCAAUGCUAGUGCCAUGGUUGCGGCGCUUGUCCCAAUUGGACCGCGCCAGUUCCAAACAGAUGCUUGCAGCCUGCUGAAAUUUGGUCCACUCAGCCACAUCCAGCCAAAGCGCUGGCAAGGGCAUUGCGGACCAAUUGCUUUGUGUUUCGUCACCUUCCUGGCCUCCCGCAAGCUGCGCCAAAUCCAUCGGCGAAACGCUUGGCGUGGCCCAUCAACUCGUCUCAGCAAGUCAAGCUGAAACGUUUCCUGGACAAAGAUGGUUUGGCGAAAUCUUUGGAGCGAGCUUUGCCAUCGCCUCCGCCCAUUCUGCUGCUGCACGACGGUCCAGGUUUGCCCUCCAAGUACUUAGAGCCUUUGGCACCGCGCCUUUGCAGCCCCAAUGGCCGAAGCUGCUACACGUACGACCAGCGGGGUUGUGGCCUGUCCCAGGGCGAGGGCUCUGCCGAUCUGGGAACGGCGGUCCUUGACCUUCUCGCGGUGCUACGGUUCCUCCACUGCUCGCUGGGAGAGGCAGAGCUUCAUAUUUUGGCACACGGAUUUGGAGGUGCUUUGUUGAUGGAAGCUCUUGCCAGACACGAUCUUUUCAGUUCACCCGGUUUGCCCAAGCUGCGAUCCUUUUGCUUGUGGAGCGUGGCGAGUUCCACCCAGCUGGCCGAUCAAGCAGCUGAAGAGCUGAUGGCGGCCUCUGCGCAAAGCGUGGGGCAAGCGGAUGCAGCCAGGGCCUUUUGGUUCCGACUCAUGGCAUAUCAGCAGAGCGGCUUUUCCCCGCGCUGGGGUGCACUCCGAGGAUGGGACUGGAAGUCCCAACGCUGGGAGCUUCGCCCGGAAGGUGCCCUGGAUGGCUGGAGCGUUUGUCGCCAGGAGGUGGUGGCAUGUUUUCGAGGAGCCAAACCGCCUCGCGUGCCCGUGCUCAGCCUGCGAGGGCAACAUGACUUCGUCACGGAGGCCUGUGUUGCCGCCUGGCGUGGUGUGGAGGACGCUGGUGGGGACUUCAGUGAGAGUGUGCUGGGCGGCUGUGGGCAUCAUGCACACCUAGAGGCGCCAGACACGGUCGCUGCCACUCUGCGGCUCUGGCUGUUGAAGGUGGAAGACGGCCCCGCGACGUCUUCGCGGACGCCGUCCUCGACGUCCUGGACGCCGUCCUCGGGGGUGAAGGGGCGAUGGCUGCUGCGCGAAGAAGCUCGGCAGCAUUUGACGUCCUGGGCAUCCAAGCUCUGCUGGGCGAAUGCGCUGGCGAGCAACGCGACGCCGGGCGCGUGGCGAUCCGUUGGCCAAGGCCUCCCGCAGCGUGACAUCUUCGCACCGUCUCGCACUGCCCGGCGCUUGGCGGUCUGGGCUGCCGACUUGCCGGAGAGGCCGAAGAGUUCGGCCGAUGCGGAGGUCAUGAGCCUCUCAGAGCUUUGGAAGAACCGUCCACGCUGCAGUCGAAUGGCCUUGGCUCUGCAAGACGACUCCUUCGAUGCAGCCGCCAUUGUGUGUUUGGAGCGCACCAACGGCGAUGUCACCAUCGUGGGCAUGGCGCAGAAUCCCAGCGCCCCGCACCGCUGUGAAGGGGUUCUGGAGCACAUUGAGGAGACCGUGCAAUCUUCCAAAUGAGGUUCAGAGGGUGUGGUUUUCCAGCCUGGCUGACCUGCGGCUCCGUGUACAUAUUUGCUUAGACAUUUGCAGUUCAGAAGUGGAACUUCGAGCAGAAAGAAC